AUGUCGAAUUCAUACAUAUGUGAUGUUGAACUGAGAGCCAGGCUGUUUGUGCAUUUGUGUGAGUUAUUUCAAAGCUGUGGAGUGUUACUUUGGGCUACAGACUAUCUUCUUUUUUCUGUUUCCUCUUCCCAGCAGUGCCGCGUCUCAUCCACACAGAAUGAGCUCUUGCCAGUGCUGUGCCGAAAGUUACAAACGAGUGCUAUCUCCAGAGACAUUGAUACUGCCGCAAAGUUUAUUGGCGCUGGCGCAGCCACCGUGGGCGUGGCCGGCUCCGGUGCUGGCAUCGGGACCGUAUUUGGCAGUCUCAUCAUUGGUUAUGCCCGAAACCCCUCCCUGAAGCAGCAGCUCUUCUCCUAUGCCAUCCUAGGGUUUGCACUCUCCGAGGCCAUGGGGCUAUUCUGCCUGAUGGUGGCGUUCCUCAUCCUCUUUGCCAUGUGAAGGAACCGGAUGUGCCUGCCUGCCGUGCACUCCCCUUUCAUCUCCCCUCUGUGUUCAGUCCCGUGUGUACUCCAACCUGAUUGUUCUGCGGUAGAUAGGGAGAGCCUGUCCGUUCACCAAGUCUGUCUGGCUUGGAGGGGGAAAGCAAAUAAAUAUGUAUUGAUAUACA